AUGGUUGAUUCGGAAAAUAUCUCAUUGUCAAAUGGAGCUACCAAUCACAACAACAACAACAACAACAAUAAUGAUAAUAUGAAUGAAGACCACAACAUCAUUGAUGGAGUAGAGAUGCAAUCAAUAUCGAUUAGGGAACCAACAUUAAAGAUGGAACCACAGAAUAGUUUAACAUCUCUCGACAUCAAUAUCAAUCAAGAUUUAUUGUCUCACAUUAAUGAAUUUAAACCAACUGAAAAGACUGGAAUCUAUGUUACCGCUUCCAAUCUAUCAUUUCAUGUUCCAAAAAAGGCUCCAAAAUAUUCAACCGACUUGGAAAAAAGAAAUUAUUUAUUAAAUAAUUUGAAUUUUGAUUUAAUUCCAGGACAAAUGACAUUAUUAAUGGGAGCACCAUCUAGUGGAAAGAGUGUAUUAUUAAAACUAUUGGCAGAUAGAUUAAGUGGUGGUACUGUGGAAGGUUCACUUUUAUUCAAUGGACACCAAGCAGAUCAUCGUACUCAUCAGUCAGAUACCAUCUAUGUACCACAGGAAGAUAGACACAUUGCAUUGUUGACAGUAAAGGAAACGUUGGAUUUCUCUGCCCAAUGCAACAUGCCAUCAAACAUUGACCAAACAACUCGUGAUGAACGUGUUGAACUCAUCCUCCAACAACUUGGCCUUUCACACACCAAGAAUACCAUUGUCGGCAAUGAAUUUUUUAGAGGUAUUUCUGGUGGUCAAAAACGUCGUGUUACAAUUGCCGCCGAGUUUACCAAAUGUCCAAACCUUAUUCUAAUGGACGAACCUACUAGUGGUCUUGAUAGUGCUAUAGCCUUUAGUGUCAUUUCAAAGAUAAAGACUAUUGCACAAGAGGCAAAGGCUUCGGUCAUUAUUUCACUUCUUCAACCAAGUCCGGAAUUGACCAACAUUUUUGACAAUGUUUUAUUGCUUUGUGAUAAAGGUAAUAUGGCCUAUUUUGGUGAAAGAGAAAACGUUUUGCCAUACUUUAAAUCAAUUGGAUUGGAGCCAUCACAAGAUCAACCUCUUGCAGAGUUUAUGCAAGAUGUUUUAGAAGAACCAAAAAUGUAUCAAGUCAACCAAAAACAAUUGAUGAAUAUUUCUACAGAUUCAACAACCAAUCAAAUUAAAUUGGAUCAAUUAUUUAAACAAUCAAAAAAAUAUGAAGAAUUACAAAAUAUAACAACAAAAUAUACAAACUUGGCAAAUAAUACAAAAUUUGUUGAUCAUAAACUAUAUCCAGUGGAAAGACCACCGAUUUGGUAUGAAACCAAAUUAUUGAUAAAAAGACAAAUCAAGAUCAUGAAGAUCAUUAGACAAGAAUAUUUUACAAGAUUUUUACAGGCACUUUUCAUGGGAUUUGUUGUUGGAUCCCUCUUUUUCCAAAUGGACGACAGUCAGGCAGAUGCACAAAACCGAUUCGGUUUAAUGUACUUUUCUAUGGUUCUUUUCAUAUGGACAACCUAUGGGUCGAUUGAUGAAUAUUACAAUCUAAGAGGUGUAUUUUACGAUCAAAAGGAUGGAAAGUAUUAUAGAAACUUUUCAUAUUUUAUUACAUUGGUCAUUACAAAGAUUCCUAUCAGUUUAAUCGAAGCACUACUCUAUUCAGUGGUCUGUUAUUGGACUGCUGGAUUUAGAGCAAGAGCCGACUCGUUUAUAGUAUUUGUACUAUGUAUGAUGUUGACCAAUUUUGUCAGUCAAGCCGUUUUCCAAAUGGUUUCAGCACUUUCAGAAUCUCAAUUGGUUACAUCGAUGGUUACACCAGCCAUUGUUGUCACAUUUAUGGUCUUUUCAGGUUAUAUGUUGCCAGGACCCAAUAUCCCCAAGUAUUGGGUAUGGGUCUACUAUCUGUCACCACUCAAAUAUCUAUUGGAUGCUUUGGCUAGUAACGAGUUACACGAUCAAACAUUUACUUGUAAACAAUCAGAGCUCAUCCCACCAACAGACAUUGCCAAUCAGUUUUACAAUGGUGUUCAAAUAUGUCCAAGAACCAAUGGAGAUCAAUUCCUCGAAAUAUUUGGUAUGAAUGAAAACUAUUAUUGGAGAUGGAUCGAUAUUGUCAUUUCAAUUGCCUAUUCAAUGGUAAUGUUCUUUAUCUUUUAUAUGGGUAUUCGAUUUGUUCGUUUCGAAACUAAAAAGCCACCUUCAAUCGUAAAGAAUGUUCGCAACAAGGUCAAAAAGGAUAAGAAACGUGAAAGUACAAAGGUUCAAUACAAAAUGAAAGGUUGUUAUAUGACAUUUGAAGAACUUUCCUAUACGGUCAAUGUAGAUCGUAAAAAUACACAAACUGGAAAACAAGAAAAGGUUACUCUUACACUGUUGAACAAGAUCAAUGGUUACAUUAAACCUGGACUUACUGCACUAAUGGGCGCAUCUGGUGCUGGAAAAUCAACUCUAUUGGAUGUAUUAUCAAAGAGAAAGAAUGCUGGUAUCAUGUCUGGAAUGAUCAAGGUCAAUGGUGUAAACAUUAACGAUUUGAAUAUUAGUAGAUUCACUGCCUAUGUUGAACAACAAGAUAUCCUAUCUGCCAAUCUUACUAUUCGUGAGGCCAUUGAAUUCUCUUCCAAUUGUCGUUUGCCUAGCAGUUACAGUAACUCGGAACGUGCUCAAAUGAUUGACGAUAUUCUAAAGGUUCUCAACCUCACCAAGAUGCAACAUACCAAGAUUGGAUUCAAUCCAACCAUGGGUAUCUCACUUGCCAAUCGUAAAAAAGUAAGCAUCGGUAUUGAAUUGGCAUCGGAUCCACAUCUUCUUUUCCUCGAUGAACCAACGAGUAGUUUGGAUAGCAGCGGUGCACUCAAGGUCAUGAAUUGUAUUCGACGUAUCGCCGAAACUGGUCGUACCGUCAUUUGCACUAUUCACCAGCCAUCACAACAAAUUUUUGAACAAUUUGACCAACUUUUAAUGCUGUGCAAGGGAGAGGUCAUUUACUUUGGUGAAACAGGCGAGGGUAGCAAAACCAUCCUCAACUACUUUGAAGGACUUGGAUAUGUCAUGGAGGAAAAAGAUCGUAAUCCAAGUGACUAUAUUUUAGAGAUUGCAGAGCAACAUCAUGCAGGUGCCGAUCCAAUCACUUCCUACAUCCAAUCACCUCAAUCAAAGUCUGUCAUACAAGAAUUACAAUCCAAUAGUGUAGUUCCACCAACUAUUGAACCUCCAUCCUAUGUAGGCACCUAUGCUGCUCCCAUGAGCUCUCAACUUCGUGCACUUCUUAAACGAGCAUGGUUCAAUCAUAUUCGUCGACCAACACCAAUCUUUAUCAGAUUCCUCCGAUCGAUUGUUCCUGCACUCAUUGUAGGUACAAUGUUCCUUCGUCUCGACUCUGAUCAAUCUGGAGCAAGAAACAAAUUGUCAAUGAUAUUCCUUUCAUUUUUGUUUGCUGGUAUGGCCUCUAUUGCAAAGAUUCCAUUGGUCGUCCAAGAUAGAGCCAUUUAUUAUCGUGACAGUGCAAGUGGUUGUUAUCCCUCUUAUUUAUAUAUGAUUGCAUCAUUUAUAACCGAUCUUCCACUCAUGAUGAUGACAGCUUUUUGCUUCUGGAUACCAUUCUUUUGGCUCACUGGUCUAGAUCCAGGAUAUGGUGGUUGGAAGUUCUUUUUCACGUUGGGUGUCUAUUUGAUGGUCAUUGCAUGCUACGAUACCAUGGCCACAAUGUUUGCAUUGGUUCUUCCAACGACACCCAUUGCCACUCUUCUCUGUGGUAUGGGACUCAACUUUCUUGGUCUUUUCGGUGGAUUCUUUAUACCAAAGACAGAUCUACCAGAGGCAUGGAAAUGGAUGCAUUACUUUGCCUUUACACGUUAUGGCUUGGAAACUCUAUCACUCACUGAAAUGAUUGGUCAAAAGUUUAGUUGUCCCAAUGGAGAAGGUGAGGUACUAAUACAAGUAAAUGCUACCACUAGCAUUCCUUAUUGUCCGAUUCAGAGUGGUGAACAAAUGAUCGCUCGUUAUGGCUUUAAUCAAGAGUUUCAAUUUAAAAAUGUUGCCAUAUUGGCUGGUUAUAUCAUUGGACUAUUUACCGUUGGUUGUCUUGCUCUUAGAUAUAUCAAACACAUGAAACGUUAA